AUGCAGCCGCCUCCUGCACCACCCUCGCAUCACGACCUCGCCGCCUAUCGCAGGCCACAACCAGCCCAGGCCGCUGCGGACGCGAUACCACUGUUGGUCGACAAUACAUACCACCUUUUCCACCUAGUCACACCGCCAAACACAGUGCAUCAUCCCCCAAGACUGAGAUCUUCAUGGGCGCGACUGCGCUCAACGGAUCUCGUCAACUGGACCAGAGACGAACUCCCCGUCGUCAACCCUGGCCAAGAUGCAGCAGACCCUGACACCAGCGGAGCGUGGACUGGCUGUGCCGUUCAGGGCCCUGACGGACGCAUGAAUCUCUUCUACACCGGCUACAGCCUCCCGCGGAACGGCAUGCAGGUCGUCCUGCGCAUGGUCGCCAACGACAAGCACGGCACGCACUUUGAGCCGGGGCGCAAGCAGAUCGAGAUUGCCGAUGUGGACGGUAGUCACAGUUCCAAGUUUGAGGACAUAGACUUUCGCGACCCCUACAUCUUCUUCAACCAGGAUGCAGGCCUAUAUUGGAUGCUCGUCGCCACAAGACUGCGUAGUGGCCCGUACUGGACAAGAGGCUGUAUAGCUCUGCUCACAUCCCCUGACCUCGAGGUCUGGACGCCCGAGCCAGAGCCCCUCUACGCACCAGGCGACAUGUUCUGCCCAGAGUGCCCAGAGCUCUUCACUCUGCCAAAUGGCAAGUGGUAUCUCGUGUACUCGCGCUUCCAUGCGCCAAAUCCCGGUACCGUGUACCGAGUUGCCGAUUCUCCCCGGGGUCCAUUCCGCACGCCGCGAGACGGCUCCUUUGGCCGCCUGGACGCACGUCGGUGGUAUGCAGCAAAGUCAUGCUCAAAAGCCGGUAGCACUGACAGGCGCGUAUACUUUGGCUGGAUAGCAGACAGGUGCGCUGAAGACGGAAAGUGGCUGUGGGGUGGCGAUCUAGGUAUACCCCGCGAAUUAUUCGCAGACGUGAAUGGUCUGCUACGAGUCCAGCCCGCGCAGGAGGUCCUGCCUGAUUUCUAUUCGGCAGCUCAAGCACGGGUCAAGCUGUCGAGCAUUGCAGGCACUUCAACGGUCUUCCCGGGAGAACUGGCGCAAUUGCAUCAUCACACAGAUGCCGUAAUGAGACUCGACGUCAACAGUUGUGAUGCUGUUGGCUUUGGUCUUGUCUUUGAUGCUGAUAGAGAGUUGAGUGGCCACCGCUUGAGAUUCAUACCCACAGGCGACACAUGGUCGGUGAUUCUGCUCACAGAUGUCGUACCAUUGGACGAUUUCUGGGCUGAUCAGUACAACUUACAUGUCGAUCGGCCCGUCGAUGGGCCUGAGACCGCCCGCCAUGAUAACGUGACUCCGGUGAAGCUUGAUGGACAAGCCGGUAGCGUGCAAGGCAAUGUCCCUCAAUGCUUACGGCGCAUUGGCAUUUUUGUCGACGAUGGCUCGGUCGACCUAGGCAUCUCACUUUCGGCAGUAGAUCGCUCUCAAUAG